GUCUAUCAAACACUAACUCGGCUCUGGUGUAUAGCUUUAAACUUGCAUCCAUCCUGAAGAGGACUAUUCUCUUCAGUCAACGACGUUAGCGUCAUUUACGCGUUUAAAAUGACGCUGUCUUGAGUUGGCCUGCUGGAAGGACACGGUAAUGACCUUGCGGACGCGGUCUCGACUCGGCGGGAUAUCCAGGCUCCUCGCGCCGCUCUCCGCACGUUUACGCAAACACGUAUUUCAGUGCCGCUUCUGCGACUGCAGUACCACGAUGGCGGAGGAGGCGAAAAAGCUCGCUGCCUACGCUGCUGUUAACAACCACAUACAGCACAACCAUGUGGUUGGAGUGGGUAGUGGCUCCACUAUAGUCUAUGCUGUGGACAGGCUAGCUGAGAGAGUAAGGCAGGAGAAGCUGAACAUUGUGUGCAUUCCUACAUCUUUCCAGGCCCGUCAGUUGGUCCUGCAGAAUGGUCUCUGUCUGUCUGAUCUGGACAGGUACCCAGAGCUGGAUGUAGUGAUUGAUGGAGCUGAUGAGGUUGAUGCGUCACUCACUCUUAUUAAAGGAGGCGGAGGAUGCUUGACUCAGGAGAAAAUUGUAGCUGGCUGUGCCAAACAAUUCAUUGUCAUUGCUGACUACAGGAAGGACUCAAAAAUGCUGGGGCAGCAGUGGAAGAAGGGCGUGCCGGUGGAGGUGAUCCCCAUGGCGCAUGUACCUGUGUCCAGGGCCAUUGUCCGCCGCUUUGGAGGAGAAGUUGUGCUGAGGAUGGCUGUCAGUAAAGCGGGCCCUGUGGUGACUGAUAACAGCAACUUUAUCCUGGACUGGAAGUUUGAAUGUGCCCAGAACUGGAAAGAGGUCAACACAGCCAUCAAAAUGAUCCCAGGUGUGGUGGAGACGGGCCUGUUUGUGGACAUGGCCAAGCGAGUGUACUUUGGCAUGCAAGAUGGGAGUGUGAAGACCAGAGACUGUCCGAUCCAUUAAAGGAGAAAGACCCCAACAAAGGCCACCAUGACACCUCAAGUGCCAGUGGAGUGGGUGUGUUGCUGCUGGGGGAGGGGCAUGCCACUAGAACACGCCCUGUAAUCUUACAAAGCUUUCUGUAUUGAAUUACCCUUUCGCCAAUCACAGAGGAUCAUAGAGAUUAUUUCAACACCCGCACCCCCCCUUUGUUGUUGUUGUUGUUACUGCUGCUGUUUUUCACUCAUGUUGCAUACUAUUUGAACCUUAAGCUGCUAAACCAGCCUGGCCUCCAUCCUGUGGGCUCAAGUGCAGCCUCGAGAACAUGACCUGCAUUUCCAGACAGGGAUCAGAUCUAGUCUUGGGCUAAAUUAUUCAGUUGUAAUUAUUCAUGAGUUUUAGCUUGGGGCUAGAUCAAAUUUUAUCUGAUAAAACAGAUUUUGUUUUUUUUUUUUUUGCCUUGUUUUUCUACAAAUUCAUGUUAACACUGCCGCACACUUAAAUCUUCCAGCAACAGGUUUCAUUUUUUUCUGUGAUCUUUCAGUGUCCUUUUGUACUGAUUUGCCUUCUUUUGAAAACUCACUUGUGGUGUGGGCUUUUUUAGUUAACAAAACACGAGGGAUUUUUAAAAUCAACACUGCAUGUAAAUAAUGUUCACAGGUGCACUGGUACCAUUUUUGGUGCUGGGUGAAUACCAGUCUUUAUUAUUAAUAGUAUCAUCUGCUACAUGCUAUAUCUACACAUUUGCAUUCCAUAUAAUUUUGUACGUGUGUUGCUGUUUCACAUAUUACCUAACCUUUUGUAAUCUAAGAAAAAAUGUAAUGCAGAUUAGAUUCAGAUUUUUGUUUAUUUUUAUAAACUGUCCUUAAUUUCAGGCUGUUUUUAAUAUUUUGUACUCAAAGUUUUGGGGGGAAAAGAAUUCUGUUGUUGACUUGAAGUUGAGGGUUUUUCUUCUUUUCUCCUAUUAUUCAGUACUUACAAACACCUAGUAGCAUUGGGGUACUCCAAAAACAAAUAAGACCUUUGCUAGGUGAUCAGUGAAGAUCCCUGAAACAUAGUAGUAGAACAUUAGACAGCCAGUGUUGACUAAAGUCAUAUGAUAUAUACAUGUGCCUGUAGGAAAAUACUUUCAUCAGGGAUUGGAAGUUGUGCUGAGUACAGACUCAGUUCAAGUCACCAGGCCUUAAGUUAGAUAAACUGGGCUGUAUGUUAUGUAAUUCAGAAUAUUUAACUUUCCGGUAAAGUCACUGUUAAUUCUGAAUAAUAUAGUACACACCAGCUUAAUGUCGAAGGUUCUGUACCAAUAGUACUGUGACAUUAAUGUUUUGGUUAAUGACCACGAUCAAGAAUCACAUGAUGUGCUCAGGACUGAAAACUAAUCAUGUAUUAAAAGAUUAACAAUCGGC